AUGCCAGGCAUGGAGAAGUUUAUUCGAAGUCGCAAUCCUGGAGAGUCCAACGGUCACUGGGAUGCACCACAUCCUGCUCGGCCAGCAACAGCCCAAACGACGCGCAAUGCCCACGAGCACAAUGGCCAUCACAUGUAUGACACAGACACGGAGAUUUUUGAUGCAACUCAGUCAUCCCUCAAUGAUCAAGAUUAUGCUUCAGAUGCUUCUCAGCAUGGGGAAGAGUACGAUCGAUAUGACGAGGAGGCUCUCGAGAUUCAUCAAGAAAACGGCCGCCAUGCAGAUGUUGGAGAGCUCAACAAGUUGAUGUCGCAGGUGCAUCAAGACAUGGCUCGUCCUCGCCAAGUCAGCCCAAACUCUUAUCCUCCUACAACUUCUGGUGAGCCAGAUCCAGACGAGAUCUCUGAAGAUGAAGUCGAUAUCGAGCAUCCACAAGCCCAUUUCCGUGCUGAGCAGCCUCGUGAUUUUCAUACGACGACCAAGAUCCCACAGAGACCGGUCAUUUCCACUCCCUUGGUCAUCCAGCCACAACCGCUUCAUACGCAACAUUUCAAGGAUCAGUUCAAAGUCACAACCAACCCAACGAUAAGUCAGAGAGAUGUACAAUAUCAGAAUAAAUCGCAAAGCAAGACCAAAGCGGUCUUUCAGCCUGUGGCCAAACAUGGUCCAGAGCAGUUCCAAGCUGCCGCCCAGACGGCCGCAGUCCACAAGUCCACUUCACACGCCCCUAUCGAACAACCCAGCCAAGCACACCGACAGCCUACUCGUGCCCAAAUCGAUCACCGUCAACAACGCGUCAACGAAGCUGAUCAUCGUCGUCAGCACCAUACAAGAAGGGUUGAUCAUCAAGACCAGCUUCUCGACGGUUUCGAUCAUGAGGAACAACACGUGACCCAAGAUCCUCCAGAGGAAACCCACGAACAGAACACACACCCAGAAGAUCUCGAUUACGACCUAGAGGAGUUGUACUUAAAGGAUUUUGCUGAGUUGCAGAACGAACCUUUCGAUGGUGCACCUCGUGAAGAUCUUCACGACACUCAGUCUGACCUCUCGAAACCACUAAGCGAGAGACUUGCAUCCGUUAUUGAGCUUGACGUUCAUCGUCAGAAGGAGCUCUUCUCUUCGUUGAAGCUUGAACAGUGGGAAGAGGCCGGAGACUGGUUUCAAGAGCGUUUCUCAGAAGUCUUCGAGAAACUCAAAGCUGCACGCAAGAACAGGCGUAAGAUUGCUUCUGACUUCGAGCAGCGUAUCGCUGAGAGGCAGCAGGCGCUCACUAAGAAGAGAAAGAUUACCGAUGAUGCAUUGUCUGAGAUGAAGAAGUCAGGAAGCCUGGUCCUCGAAGGUACGCCGAAGAAGAAGCAGAGAAUCACAGAGUAA